AAUCGUGUGCUAUGUUUACACCUGUGUCCUUCGCAACCAGUUCGUUUACAGAAAAAAUGGCGGCCGCAGUGCGAUCUGCCGGGGCAUCUCUCCCGGCGUCGUACUACGGCAGCAUUGAUGGGAAUAACCCCGUCAUACAGAAGUUCGAACAAGAAGUGGAGUCAUUCGUGGGAUAUAUGAAGAAAUGUAGCGCCCCAGGAUACAAGAAAGCACAGAAUGAAGCGUGCUCGAGAGGGUCAAACAUCUUAUUUGAUCUUUGGAACAAGUUUGAGCCCAGGCUGCCCAAGAACUAUUACUAUGCUAAGAUGCUGGAAAUGGGAGACUUUCUGGUGCAAGUCAAGAAAUACCAUCUGGCUCUGUGGCAGUGCUAUGGGCGAUACUUACAACGCUUUGGAUCCAGAGCGAUCGAAGAGAUCACAGAUGUUAACACAUUCAAGGAGGUGUAUUUUCCUGAUGGGCUGGAGACAGACACAGCAAGUUUCACUUUCCAGGCUCUGCAAGGCCGCAGCAUCUGCAGCUACCAGGUUGUAGUUGAUGCCGACCCAAAGUUACAGAACACAGAGUCAGUGGACAGGUGUGGGCAGAUCCUGGCAUUCCUGCGCCUCAUCAUACAGGUGGUACUCCCCAGGGAACCACUCUGCUGGCUCGUCUACAAUGGUACAGUCCAUAUCUAUAGCAUCUCAAGGCACCUCAUGUCUCUUGGACACUCUGCCAAGGUGCUGGAGUAUCUCCUGUGGGCCAGCAUCAGUAUGGAAUCAUCCAUUCCCCUCCUGGGGACAUCCUACCUGACCUGGAGAACUACUCUGUACAGUGCCGUGUGCCAGUGCUACUAUGACUGCAAAGCUUCAUACCAUGCAGAGACGUUUGCCCGUCGUGGCCUGGUGAAGAUCAGUGAGUUGAGUCAGCUGGAGAGCAUGAGCUCGGCCCCCCAGUCUGCAGCCACAGAGGCAGCCUUCAGACAGGCUACUGUGAAGAUGGCAACCAUGAUCUUCAAGCGAGUGGUAUUUGAGAGCAGGAGGAAGCCCAAAGGGUUACUUAGACCAAAGCAAAGGAGUAAUCUAAAAGAUGUCCAAAAUAAAGGAAUAGACCAUCUGUCGUGGCCCAGGACAGCCACAGAGAGGCUGCUGGUGGACAUGUUUGAGGGUUCCUCAGCUCAGUUCCUGGCCAUCCUGGAGGCUCUGUCUGACAGCAACAGGAGAAUCCUGCAGUCCGGAUUGUCUGCUGCUGACAACGAGGUGGAGAUAUUGGAUGUGUAUGCAGAGCUGUUCUUUGCUGGGCAGGAGAUUAUAGCAGGAGGAGGAGGGUCCAGUCACCACAGCCCCCAUGGAAGUGCAGAGCACCAGGUUCUAGGUGGCCUGGUUCAGGAGAGACCAUUGAUUUCCUAUGCCACUUUAGGUUCAGAUGGUAUUCCCCUGAGCACUGUGGUGAAGUUUGUGAAGCUGGCAUACAGCUAUGAGCACUGGGAAACAUUUGAUGCACUGGUGGACAUCACACUAGACCAUCUCCGAAAGCAGAACAUCCCACAGUACAAAGGUGAUGAGCAGGCCCUUGAGCUGCUGCUGGCCAUGGAGCCCUUCAGCAGUAACAGGAAACACAGGAGACAGGCUUCACACAUGGAUGAUGACAGUGAUAUGGAUGGUGGGCUGCCAUUAACACAAGGUUCCAUCAGAUCCCUUGCAUCCAGUGAUGAGAUAGUGUAUCUUGCAGAAGUGCUGUACUCGUACACUCUGACACCUUUCAAUUCUAAGCAGGUAGAUAAGGACAUGGUGGUGGACGCAGUGUCCUUCCUGUGGACUCGCUGUAGAAAUGUCUUCCAGAAGGUCCAGACUGGCUCAGUGGACUCCAAGUUCCUUCUCAAGAUUGAUAAUCCUGAAAAGUGGGUCCAUGUGCUGUCUAUCAUCCAUGAGAUGUUGAACUGGUGUGGUGUGGGUGUGGCUGACCCGUCCCUGACAGCAGAGGUGGCUCUCCGGCUGGCACUGCUGCUGGAGACAGCAACUGUCACGGACUGGAGUGCACAUAGGAAGGCAGCAGUGAGAGAGAAGGCUGCCUCCCAGGCCACUAAGCAAAAGGAUCUGCCCCAAGAUGACAAUGAAGAAAGGAUCAUUUUGGUGACUUCUCAGACCCACAAAACAGAUUCUCUUGGUGUUGUUGAGGACACCUCCAAGGUCUCAGUCAGUCCAGGCAGACCUGACACAGAGGCCUUCACCCAGAGCAGGGCCAGCCUGUACACCACCUCCGUCCUCCACCAGCACACCCCGCCAGCAGCUGCUCAUAGCCCAGGACGUGCUGGACAGGGCCAUCCAGGGGGUGUCACAUGCCAGGACUGUCAUGGCCCUGCCGGACGGACAGUCUAUUGCUGACAUCAGCUGGGAACAGAAAUUAUCAGGAGUGCAUGGCCUCCCUGAUACUGGAGAUGAAAGUGUGGAUGAGACAGCGGAGGAGGAGAAAGAGAAAAGUCUCCCCAAGGCCAUCGCUCUG